GCGGCAGUGUUGCAAUGGCCUUUGCUGCGACAGCACUUUGCGGCAGCAGGGAGAGCUCGAGGAGAAAGCAAGCGAAGAACGUCGCCGCUUCGCGAGCCCUUUUCGCCUCAAUAAUCAGCGGAUUUACGCUGCAUUCGGCGGAGUCACACCCGCGGCGCUGUCGUAUUCCCGCUGGGCGUCGUGAAUGAGCUUGUGUCCGACGUUUCCCAACCGCGAAUCGCCACCUUGAUGCGGUGGGAUGGCCACAGUGCCGCCUGGGCCUAGUAGCGCACCGGCCGAAUCCCCGACUGAAAGUCCGCCUUUCCCCGGGGCUGGGGUCGAGGACAGAGGGCCGCGUCGACCCGGUGAGUACCCCGGGUUGGGGAAGCCGCUCGCCGAAGUCAAGCAGCCGGUCAGGAAGAAGCAGAAAAACAUGCUAGCAAGAGCUAGCCCGCCGGCGUUGCACCUCAAAAUGCCAGACGUGGAGCAGCAGCAGCUCAACGGCUUGGCUGGUAGUCCCGUGGAGGAACCAGGGGGACACCUUGACAAUCCGAGACCGCCAGCGGACGACUGUGACAGCGGCGAGGACGAAGAGACCACGGCCGCACCGAACGACAUGGAACACUGCCAACGCGAAGGCCCCCGCUCCAAAAACGGCCGACACUCUCCUCUGGUUAACAAUAGCAUGAACGGGAUGCCGGCCCGAACAAGAACUCAGGCAGCGCCGCUCGCUUCCGAGAGCUCCGGGAGCAUGGAGCUGCAACAGCAGCCGCAGCCCCAACCGCCUUCGGACGAGCUGGCCCGGCUGGAAUUGGGCGCCUCGCCGCAGGAGGACGGCCACAUUUGUUAUGUACGCUAUGAGUCCGAGCUGCAGAUGCCAUCCAUCAUGAGACUCAUCACCAAGGACUUGUCUGAGCCUUACUCCAUUUACACGUACAGGUACUUCAUCCACAACUGGCCGCAGCUUUGCUUCCUGGCCAUGGUGGAGCAGGAGUGCGUCGGCGCCAUCGUGUGUAAGCUGGACAUGCACAAGAAGAUGUUCCAUCGUGGCUAUAUCGCUAUGCUGGCCGUCGACUCGAAACACAGAAGGAAAAGCAUCGGUACUAAUCUGGUGAAGAAGGCCAUCUACGCCAUGGUGGAGGGUGACUGCGAUGAGGUGGUCUUGGAGACAGAGAUCACCAACAAGUCGGCGUUAAAGCUGUAUGAGAAUUUAGGCUUUGUGCGGGACAAGCGGCUCUUCAGGUACUACCUGAACGGCGUGGACGCGCUGAGGCUCAAACUGUGGCUACGCUGAGGGGGUCUGAGCUGGAGAACGGAACUGGGGAGGGAGGGAGAGGAGGGGGAGCAAGCCAUCGAGCAUGCCUGCCUCAUUUCACAUUUGACAUACAGACACACGCACGCAUACAACCAACAAUAUGCACGUAUAUGUGCAUCCACACACACACAAACACAUGCGCGUUUUCUUGCCCUCCAGAUGUUUCCAUGAAGGCCUCUCUUUCUCCUGUCAUGAAAAAAGAUGGAGUAGUGUGGGAGGGGGUGGCGGGUCUCUGACCUUGAUGACAAUUGUUGACCUUCAGACUUUGGGCAAGGACACAUGGACAGAUGAAAAACAAGUAAGCAAGGGGCCUAAAAGACCCCUAAACUUAAUGUUGGAGUUUAUUUUUGUUUCUUUUUUAAAUCCUUGGAGGAGUCAUGAUGCAUACCUGUGCGUGUGCGUGCGUGCGCGCAAGAUUGACUUGCGUGUGCGUGUGUUUGUGUGUGAGAGCGCCCCAUGUUUAUCAGUUCCCCUUUUGUCCACUUGGUGGUGCUGUAUCUACCGCACAUACUUCAAGUACUGAAGCGUGUGUCAAGACUUACUUUGUGAGCGCGUGUUCCAAAUCACUCCAUAAGCACCUCAAAUAUCACAUCAACUUUUUGUUUUUCCUUAUUUUUUUAAUUGUCCUUGUUCGUAAAAAUCUAGUGAAGCCCAAAUAAGGAAAACAUUUUUUUUGCGGAUUUUCUGACAAAAUACCGCUGCCUCACCAACGUUCAAAUGCACUGCCAGCUCCUUCAUAGCCCCCAAGAGAUAAGGCCAACAAGAAAGGCAUGCAAUAGUUUGUUAAUUUCUGCCAAGGAAAUGUAGAGUAAACAUUGAAUGAAAAGGUACAGCCAUUGACAUACGCUGAUUUGUCAUCAAAAUAUGCAUUAUUAGCUGAGAAAUUACAGAAAAUGAAAGGAAAAUGUCUUUAGAAAAUUCCUCCAUUUGUAUCCAAAUAUGCAAUGCAUGUCCCGAGCGCUGCUUAAAAGGUUCAGAGAGUCAUUUUAGUCAGUAUUAAGAAUUCCAUCUCACAAUUGCAUAUCACAUAACGUUCUUGGCGGGGUUAACGUGACGGUUUCGCUCUUGCUGUCGACAAGCUUGUUCGCGGUGUUUCCCGUAAGUUUUAUCCCCCCGAAAAAUUGGAAACCACACACUUAUAGCAGGCGUCUCGUUGGUUUGGUUUGUUUUGUGGUUUUCUUUGAAGAAGAACAAAUGUCAGAUGCACUUCAUCAAAAAGAUUGUGUAUGUGUCCAAUUUUGACUUCUCACUGGAUUCAUUUCGUUGUUGAUCUCACCCCCCCCCCCCCUACACACACACACAAUUAUUUUCGUUAAUGUUUCCGCUCACUGGGUGGACACAUUGUUAUUUCGUUUUCAUUAAUUUGUUUAAAAUCGCAAUUUAGGGCUGCACUGCAAAAAAAAGUGAAGUCAUAAUGACAAAAAUAAAUAAUUAAAAGAAAGAGCAUGACAUUUACAAAUUAUAUUACAAAUGUAUUCUAUAGCUUUUUUUUAAGGAACCAUGCACUUUUUCAAACAUUUGGUGCAAUUUAAAAAUUAUCAUUUUUGAGAAAAGCUGCAAUAUCUGUCGGGAGGAAGCGGUCUGGAUUCCUCAAAUUACAAAACGUACCCAUAACAUUUUGUAGAUUUUAGAAUUGUCUACUCAUAAUGGUGCGACUUUGGAAAUGAAUGACUUUUGCACAAUUUGGCGCAAUUUUGAAAUUCGAAUGAAAAACAUCAAAAUAAUUCACAAUACAAUACAGCUUUAUUUAGCGCUUCCACAACAACUGCAGCUAGAAUAAAUUUUCUACGUUACAUUAUUAUUGCAAUCUUUCCCAAGGAAAAAAAAGCAGCAUUCUUGAAACAUUACGACUUUAUCGUCACUCCCUCACCCCCGAACUCCUUUUCAAUUGGGCUUUUAAAACGUUCCUAAAUUAUUUCUCGUAAUGAGUCUGUUCCAACGAUUCAACAUUUUCAAAUUUCUUUGUUCCGUCAGUCCUAAUUUUAUGUCAAAUGUCACAUUGUUCGGAGGAAACAAAUUGAAAUUUCAUGAAAGUGAAGGUGGGACGUUACAGAAAACAAGCACGUUAAAAUGACGCGUUUUUGUUGUUGGUGUUGUUACUGCACGACAAGCGCGACAACUUCAUCAUUUUACAACUGCUUUAAACUGUUAUUUUCCAGUUUUCAUCUAAAAUGUAUAAUGCCAAGAGUUAAAAAGUUCUAGAGCGUAAGUAAAAUGAGAAAUUCUGUUAAUAUAACUAUGCGACUUUCUCAAUUGUUUUUUUAGGCCAUUCACAGACAUCACUCUGGCUACAGUGCAACAUUUUUUUUCUCUUGACACAACGCCGAACCUUCUGAAUUACACAUUUGUUCUUAACUGUUUGUCUCUUUUCCUUCUGUCGAUGUUGGAAACUUGUAAUUCAUCUUAUGCAUAGUCUCCUGCCUGCGUGCUUUUGUCACGCCGAUAUGCUGCCAAAAGUCACAUUUGACGUCAGAACAUUAGAGGGGCCGGGGGGGUCAUAAUGCCGUUUUUGAUCUUUUGUGCGGAUGUUUUGUGUGUGUGACUAUGCGGGACAGUGUUGACUUUUUUUUUCUCAGACUGGAUGUUUACUUCUGCCCUUCUGGAUGUGUUGCCACGGCGACGGGGCUAUUUGAACCGUCUCCUGUACGUCAAUGGAUGAAAAGCUGGAAUCCGUUUGUGUGCGCGACUAUUCCCUGACAUUUUUGUCAUAAUGCUGUGAACCAGGCAGUGCCGUCGUCUUUUUUUUAAAAAGGGCAUUAGAGCGCAUCUGACUGAAGGGCUUUGUCGUCUUUGUCGUUUGAGGAAAAAAAUGAUGAACCACCCACCUUAUUGGAAGUCCUAUGUCCUCACUGGUGCCAUAUAAUGGACCAUUCACAAUAUCUUCCGCCAUUGUCUCUGUAUUGGAAAAGAGGCAAUUUGCUGUUGUUUCUCUGCAUGUCAGAUUUGUUUUUAACCCCCCCCCCCCCCUUCCUUGGCAUCCUCCCUGCCUCCUUUGAUUUGGUUAUGGAAAAUGUCUGAUAGCUUUUAUUUAAUGUGUAUCAGAGAGAGAGGGGGAGAAAGAGAAAACAAAACAAAACGAACACAGGAAUAAAUUAUUUGAUUUUUU